AUUUUUUGAAAUUACCCCCUUGCGCGGUCCCGCCGCUCGUGCACUCAGCGUACCUUUCGAGCAAAUUCAACGAGCGACCGAGAAUCAGUAUCUGUCGUCUGUGUCUAUAUAUAUAUGUGUGUGUGUGUGUAUGUAUUGGCGUAAAUGGCGAGCCUUCGAUGCGCUAUGCCCAGAACCAGUGAGGCCUUGUACUGUAUACUGUCCUUUCGCUUACAGAAACCCAUACGAAAACUUGAUCCGUUUCGGUCAGUACCCACGGCUCAAGUUCUUCACCGCUUUUGCUGUGGCGGAGCAGCUGUUUCUGUUGCCAAACAGGGCCGACUGCUCACUAGCCAAGAUCUCGUCGCCUUGGAGUAUGCCGACCUCAAUCUCUCCGGUAAAAAUUCCGAGUCCCAUAUAUUUAAAAUGUGGAACCAAGUGGUCAAGGUGUGCUUUUUGCAGGACUUAGGUCAUGUACGAAUCAGGCAGCAUGUCAACCCUCUGAGUGCUUCAUUCUCUGCGCCAGCACAGGUGCCAGACUGGAAUAAAGUAUACAAGGACUCAACAUUGCCACUUAUGGUGGACAUAGGGAGUGGUAGUGGCAGGUUUCUCAUGUGGCUUGCAAAAAGAAACCCACAUUCCAUGAAUUAUUUGGGAUUGGAUAUACGGCAAAAGUUGGUUAAGCGUGCCGAGCACUGGGCAAAAGAGCUGGCAUUGAGUAAUAUAUAUUUCAUGUUUGCGAAUGCCACGGUUUCUUUCAAACAACUUGUAACCAUGUAUCCUGGACCCUUGAUGUUGGUGUCCAUACUGUGUCCAGACCCUCAUUUCAAGAAAAGGCAUCAUAAACGAAGGGUCUUGCAGGAGCCUUUGGUCAAGUCUAUUAUAGAUAACUUAAGUCCAGGGGGACAGGUAUUUAUACAAUCGGACGUGCUGGAUGUGGCAGUAGACAUGAGAAAUAAGUUUGAUGGGCUCUGUGAUGAGCAUGAGCUCCUACAACACAUCGACAGAGUCGACAGCAGCAUCCCCUGUGACGAGGAGGGCUGGCUAUUGGGUAAUCCGAUGGGAAUAAGGACCGAGAGGGAGAUCUAUGCAGAGUUUGAAGGUGCAAAAAUUUAUAGAAGGCUGUAUCAGAAGAGGACUUGACUCCUCUUUUGUGUGGGAAAGAUAUUCAGUACAAAGCUGUUACUUAGUCAACGUUAUAACUUUAAUUACAAAAUAGCUGUUUAAUUUUGUGUU